AUGAUUCAGUUUUACAUAUAUAGCAAUAGAUGUAAAAUUUAUAUUUGGUCAAUUAUUCUAUAAUUUGUCAUUUAUUGAAAAGAAAUUUAAUAAUUCCAACACUGUUUUAUCUUGUUUGAAUAGUACGUGUCUGUGUACAUAUUGUGCACGUGUCUUACUAGGCAGCUUUAUCCUAACCUCAAAUUUAUCUCCGUCAAAGUUCUUUCAGUCUUUUGAGGUGCAUCGAUAAUACAUUUUUAAGUGAAUAUCUUUGCAUAGAAAGUAAAUAAUUUAUUAUAAUGGCAAUGCAAAUGCCUACAAAAGUGGACUCUGAUCAGAUUAAAUCUGUUCGAGAUUUUGUGGCAUCCUAUAACAAAUUAAUUGAAAUUUGUUUCGUUGACUGUAUAAACGAUUUUACGACACGAGAUGUCCAGUCAAAAGAAGAAAAGUGCGCUCUGAAUUGUAUGGAGAAAUAUCUGCAGAUGAACCAAAGAAUUUCCCAGCGAUUCGCAGAAUUUCAAAUGCUCGCUAAUGAAAAUAUAAUGGCAGCACAAAAAAAGAUAAACGAAGGUAAUGCAUUAAAUAAAUAUUAAUGGCAAUACAUGUUGUACAAAAUGUUGAAUAAAUGGCUAAUACUAACCAAAAUAAAACCAAAUUAUUAAAAUACAAAUUAUUGGACGGAUCAAAACCUUUGAGCAAGAUAUACUAUUCAGAAAAGUGAUAUGAAAAAGUGUG